AGGGUUAUUUUUUGGAGGGAAACGUGACACUUUUGUAAGGUUUGAGGUUAGAUUCUGAGGAAUAAAAGCGUUGAUUUGGAGGAUUUUUAUGUAAUUUUUGUGCAAAAUUAUGAAAUUCGAACGUUCUCUUACUCGUUAUGGGCACGGAAGUGGCUACACUUCCGUCUGCUAUGAAUCCGGGACUGAGAACAUCAUCUCUUCUGGUAGUGAUGGUGAUAUUCACAUCUGGAAGGGUGUGGAGGAUGAUGACCCAGUGACUGGAUGUGCUGGGGAGUUUAUUUCAUGCUUGGGCUUCUAUGACGAUCGCAUUUUUGUGGGAACCGAACUGAAUGUCGUGCAGAUUCUCACGCACAGGGAUUUUGACCGGGAUGGAACACAGUUCCGUUUUACAGCCCCAGCGACUGCCCUUAAGAUCACUGACAAAUACAUCGCCGCAGGAUCUGAGGACACAACCAUUAAGGUAACUAUUCGGGAGAAUUCAGAAGAGAUUGAUUUGUCUGGACAUUCUGGUCCAAUUUUGGCUCUUGACUUGAGUCCUGAGGGAUUUCUAGCCUCAAGUUCUGGGGAUGGGAGUUUGAGGAUUUGGAAGCUCGAUGACCAGAGUGUUGUGAAAAAGAUUGAAGGAUUUCCUCUGGUUAAGACGGUUUCCCUAGCCGAAGGAUAUGCAACGCCAUCCUUCUUCCCAAAAUUCGGGAAAUAUCUGGCCUAUCCAAAGGACAAGGAAAUUAUCGUUCUGGAAUCGACAAACUGGACACAGAAACACAUCCUGAAGAAUGAUAAAAUCUCCGGAAAGUACUCAGUGUGUAUGUUCUCGCCAUGUGGCAAGUUCAUCUGCGCAGGAAGUACAACUGGAGAAAUCAGCGUUUGGGAUUUCAACACCCUCGAGAGUGUCAAGGGGCCAACGAAAGGGGAUAACAGUGACAUGAUCACAUCCAUUGACUGGUGCUCAAGUUCCGGAGAUCAAAUUGUUUUUGCAGACAAAGCUGGUCAGAUUGCAUGCAUCACCCUGAAAAACAGCGAGGGAAAGCGUUUGGCUGAAGUGGCAGAGGACAGAGAGAAUUUCCUGGAAGAAGAAGCUUUCGGGGAGUCUGAUACGGAGUCUGACGGCAGCGAAGAUGAGGACAAUGAGAAUUGUAUCUCACUCAGACGCCUCAAAAAGGCGACCAUGGGCAAACUUCCUGAACACGACGAAGAGGUCAAGAGUAUAGACAUCCCGCGCGAACCUCAGAUAAAACUCUCCCCACUCCAGGGACCCUUCCAACCCGGAGCAACUCCUGACCAUCUCGAACAUCGGUAUAUGGCUUGGAAUGGCGUGGGCAUUGUCAAAGCUAAUCGAACUGAUUCUGAGAAUUCCAUUGAAGUGGAAUUCCACGAUGUCACAGUCCAUCAUGCCAUCCACAUGAACAAUUUCCUGGGUCACACUCUAGCAGCUCUCAGCGAGCGAGUUCUUGCCCUCUCGGGCUGUUCUCCAUGCAAAGUCGUGGGAAUUGCCUUAGGAGCAGGAAGCAGGGAAUGGUCUGUGAGCUUACCGGGAUGUGAAGAAGCCCUAGCUCUCACGGCAUCUGACAAACUCGUUGCAGUGGCCACAGAUGAGCGCCUUCUUAGGAUCUUCACUACCCUAGGCACUCAGAGAGAAGUUGUAUCAAUACCUGGAGCUCCAGUAGCUCUUGCCAGUCAUUCCUCUCGCAUCAUUGCCAUUCACCAUACAACUUCUACCGCCCUGGACGCCGAUCAGCAUCUCAAUGCGAUGCUGAUUGAUGCGCUUGGGCUUCAGCUGCGCUCUCGCGACAUCAGACUCCCCCUCUCACCAAAAUCCCGACUAACCUGGAUCGGAUUCACAGAUUCCGGUUCCCCAGCCUCUUUCGAUUCCGCCGGAAUGCUGAGGAUCUUCCAGCGCAGCUCCAAUCUCUGGUAUCCAGUCUGCGACUUCGCGCAGCACAGCAACGGAGCCUCAGACACUUUCUACAUCGUCGAAGUGUCAGAGGAGAAACAACUGGUCAGAGCUAUUCUCUGCAGAGGAACAUCCUACCCAUUAACAUCCCCUCGACCUAUCGUCAUGGAAAUCCCCAUGCAGAUGCCAAUGUGCGAAAUUGAAGCAGAAAAAUCCGCCUGGGAAGAUGCUCUGGUGCGUCAGGCAAUCUUCAAUGUGGACAACAGGGAGAAAUUGAUGCGUGAGACUGCCAUUAAACUCUUUGCGCUGGCCUGCAGGAAUGAAAUGGAAGCCAGGGCAAGUGAUCUGAUUGAGAUGAUAGGAUGUCCUCAAUUGGUGCCUUUGGCAGCUAAAUACGCUAAUAAAUUGGGAAGGAUUCAUCUGGCUGAGAAAUUGGGGCAGAUGUUGCCACAAAUUGAAGAAAUUGAACGUGAACGUGAAAAAGAAAACCGUUCUUCUUCCCCGGACAUCCUCGAGGAAACCCAGAACAUUCUAACAUUCACAUCGACUUUGGCAACAAAGACCCCCACCGCUAGCCCCAUUGUGGCCCCCAAACCCAUGCUCAAGAGUUCCGUAAAGCGAAAUCCCUUCCGUAAAUCCAACAUAUCCUCUCCUGUAACUCCCAAUUCUGACCCUUUGAGUCAUCUCACUGAGAAAAUUGUUGGUUUUCCCCUCAAUAAUUCCUUCACCCCAAAAUCCACAAAUGACGAGUCUCAAGCUGAAAAUGCUCCCAAAACCUUCAUGGCAUGGUUCACGGAGAAUCGCGAGGAAUUGAUUAGGGAAAUGCCAGAUGAACAUACUCCAGCCCAAUUGACAUCCUUUGCAAUGCGGAAGUACAAAGGUUUGGUUCAAGGCACCCCAACAUCCAAGCGAAAACUUGAGGAUGAAGGAAGUGGAUCAGCUAAAAAAGUUUGUUAAAUCACUGCAACUUUAUUCUUCACAAGUCUGCCAUUUCGUCAUUAUUUUUUUCUCUCUCUUCACUUGUAAUCUUCGUGGUUUUUUUUCUGUCAAUGUUUUUUUCUUUUUAUAUAAUAAACAUUUAAAUUCAAUAA